CCCCAGGACAAGGUUCGGCCCCGCAUCGGCCCCGCUCGCUGGCUCAGCACAUACCGGUGCUGCAGGGAGCGGGCAGCGCCGCGCUCCUCCGGGUCCCGAUCCUGCUCCUGGUCCCGGUCCCGGUCCUGCUCCCGGUCCCGAUCCGCCGCCGGCCUGGGGAGUCCCGACGCUGCGCCCGGGCGCCCGGGGAUGGCGGCGCGCGGCGAAGACGAGGAGAGCCCGCUGCCGCUCACGCUGAGCAGGUUCCAGCUCUCGGAGGAGUACGGCUUCCUUCUCCCGAAUCCCCUGACGGAGCUCCCGGCUCCCUACGGGCCGUGGAUGGAGAUCGCCGGCAGCCUGCCCCAGCUCAUCGCCAGCCGCCAGCUCCGCUCGCGCCUUCGCCAGAUGCCUCAGCUGAGCACCCGGGACCUCCGCGGGCGCGAGGAGCUGCACUUGGCUCACCUGGUGCUGAGCUUCCUCACCAUGGGCUACCUCUGGCAGGAGGGCGAGGAGGGUGCCCUGAAGGUGCUGCCCCGAAACCUGGCCAUCCCCUUCUGGGAGGUCUCGCAGAGCCUCGGCCUCCCGCCCAUCCUCAGCCACGCCGACUUCGUGCUGGCCAACUGGAAGAGGAAGAGGCCCAGCGGGCCUCUGGAAAUUGAAAACCUGGACACCAUCAUUUCGCUGCCCGGCGGAGAGAGCCUGCGAGGGUUCAUCCUCGUCACCCUCCUGGUGGAGAAGGCGGCCGUGCCCGGCAUCAAGGCGAUCGUUGAGGCCAUCAAUGCCCUCCCGCGGCUCGACGAGGAGGCCCUGCACAAAGCCCUGCAGCAGCUGGCAGGGGCCAUCGGGGACAUGGGCAAGGCUCUGCGGCGGAUGCACGAUUACGUGGAUCCAGCAGUGUUUUACUCCGUGAUCCGGAUCUUUCUCUCUGGCUGGAAGGACAACCCGGCGAUGCCCCACGGGCUGGUCUACGAGGGCGUCUCGCAGGAGCCCAUGGCCUUCUCGGGGGGGAGCGCGGCGCAGAGCACCGUCCUCCACGCCUUCGACGAGCUCCUGGGCAUCCGCCACAGCCAGGAGAGCACCCGGUUCCUGCACAGGAUGAGGGACUACAUGCCCCCCCCGCACCGAGCCUUCGUGGAGGAGGUCCGGCGCGCCCCGUCCCUGAGGCAGCACCUCCUCUCCUCCGGCAACGGCAGCCUCCGCGCCGCCUUCAACCGCUGCGUCUCCGCCCUGGCCGACUUCAGGACCCAGCACAUCGCCAUCGUCACCAAGUACAUCAGCGCCGCGGCCGCCAAGGCCAAGGCUGGGCGGGGGGAGCCCGCCGCCGGGACCGGCCCCCCGCCGGGGAAGCCGCCCUCCCUGCUGGAGGGCAAAGGGACUGGCGGGUCGCACAUCUUCAGGUUCCUCAAGAGCGUCCGGGACACGACGAGGGAAGGGAUGAUAAGCGCCUGACUUGCCCCAGCCGCCUCCAAGGCGUCACGAAAAGCAGGUCUGGGAGACCGGCUGACUCAGCGCAGCGUCCGCAGAGCCCGGGCCCAAACCUGCCUGCAGCGACCUUCGCGCAAAGCUUCGUCUUGAAUAGCCCAGUCCCACCCGUGCCGGUCGGGGACACCAGGACCCAGGCGACUCGCUCUUCACCAGGGGAAAAUCACUUGCCCCUCAGCAUCCCCCCCGCCCACGCCAAGCCCAGGCGCCGCCGUGCCUCGGCCGCCCCUGCCCGGGACCCUCCGCCCGGACCCCGCCGUGCCGGGGCGCGCGGGGCUGCCGUGGGGAGGGCUGGCAGGCUGCCGUGGGGCCGCCGUGGGGCCGUGCACGGCCCGUUGCGGGUCUCGGUCCGUCGCUGCAGGCCAGCCGGGGCACAUUUCCCACGAUUUCACGGUUAUCUUCCGGAGAGUGCCGGUGCGAUCACAACCCGUUAAAGGGAGGGGAGCGCUCCUUACGGACACGGAAAAGCGCGCGGGGAGCACAGCACCCUCGCACGGGCAGAGCCACGUUCCUCGCAGCACGGCUCGCCGGCCCCGCUGGCCUGGCACCACCCCACGGACCCGACCCCCGAGAAAGCCCCGGCAGCUGGAGCACGAGCGGUUCCACAUCAUCCGAAGUAAAUUACUAAUAAAGUUGAAUCCCUGAAAACUAGCUUCUAGCCUCGUAUUUCCAUUGCAAAGACGGACUUUCCGACGCUGCACCCUGACCUAACCGCUCGCCGACGCCAAGACACCAAACCCCGCGCAGGCGGCUGAGGACGCUUCUCCCAUCACGAGGUGGCAGCAGAAACCUGCUUUUCUCACGGACGCUGAAAGCUACCUGGGUCAAAGCUGGCUAAAUCGGUGCCUGGGAACCGUCCUCA